AUGGCGACUUCAGGACUGGCCGAGACGUUCCUCGGGGCGAUCCAGGCGUCGGUGUCGGUGCUGCUCGUGAUAUCCUAUGGCGGCAUCGCGGCACACUUGGGUCUGCUCGACGGCGACAACACAAAGGCAAUCUCCAAAGCAUGCGUGCGCAUGUUCUUGCCGGCGUUGCUCAUCACGCAGGUCGGCUCGCAGCUGGAGCUGGCCAAUGCCCGAGACUACGGCAUUGUCCUGCUCUGGGCAAUGCUGUGUCACCUGCUCUCGUUCCUGAUGGGGGUCUUUGCCCACCUGGUGCUGGGCAUGCCGGACUGGACGACGGUGGCGCUCAUGUUCAACAACACGACAAGUUACCCGCUCCUUCUCAUUAGCGCGCUGCAGGAGACGGGAAUCCUCGAGUCCCUACUCGCACGAGACGAGUCGGUGCAAGAGGCCAUUGGGCGGGCCGAGGCAUACUUCCUGAUCUUCGCGACGGUCUCCAGCUGUCUGACCUUUGCGGUUGGCCCGCGACUCAUUGACAGUGAGCAUGCGCCGGAGCAGGCCAAGGAAGACGACCCGCCGACACCCGAGCAGAGCUUGAGUGCCGAUGCCGAGGAGCCUGUCAGUGAGAGGAGCAGACUGCUGGGGCCGGAUCAGUACAAUGGCGAUGAGACGUGGAACGACAACAGGUUUUGGCCGAGUCGACGUCGUGCCUCGGACGCCAGCCGGCACACGCAUCGCAGAGCUUCGCUCGUUCCCAAGCUGCGCUGGUCACGGCUUGGUCCGCGGACACAGUGGUGGCUCCUCUUCCUGGGCGACUUUGUCAAUGCGCCGCUGGUUGGUGCCCUCGCCGGCACGCUGGUCGGCCUUACGCCCGCCCUGCACCGGGCCUUUUUCAACGAGACGACCGACGGCGGCGUGCUGACCGCGUGGUUGACGGCCUCGCUAAAGACCAUCGGCGGGCUGUUUGUGCCGCUGCCAGUGGUUGUCGCAGGGGUGUCGUUGUACACCUCCCUCAACGGCGCGGGACGCCACGCAUCAAGGCUGCCAUGGCUGCCCGUGGUCUUCAUCACUCUGGUGCGCUUCGUGGUGUGGCCCCUGGUGUCCAUUGGCACCAUCUAUGCGCUGGCGAGAGAGACAGGAGUGCUGGGCGAGGACCCGAUGCUGUGGUUCACCAUGAUGCUCAUGCCAACAGGGCCCCCGGCCAUGAAGCUCAUCACGCUGGUGCAGGUCAGCGAUGCGAGCGCCGACGAGGAGAUGAGCAUUGCGAAACUGCUGGCUCUAUCAUACGUCAUCUCUCCUGUGCUCUCUGUCGCAGUCGUCGGCAGCCUGCGGGCAAGCCAGGCUUGCAACAACAGCUGA